CUUUUAUUCUGGUCAAUAUUAAAAACACAUUUUGCCGUUAUUUGAGUUAUUCCUGUGUUAAAAAAUUUAUGUUAAAAAAUUUAUAAUUAACUCACAUUCCAAAACGAAAGACACUCGAAAGAAAAAACUGCGCCACAACCACCAUCAACCCGAUAUUUAAAUGGUUUUUUUUUUUAAAGUGGGCUGAAAAUAACAAAAAAAACGGAUGAAUGUGCAUCAAUCUGCAUCUGCAUCAUCAAAAACGCCCAAUAUCUAAUUAUACUAGCUGCUACGCCUCGAGACCGAUACCGAAAGUACGCUAAAGAUAUUAUUAGAUGACGUGACGUUACAAAUCAAAUGUUAUGAACCUCAAAACUUUAAGAAACUUACUGAGAUUUCUUCUGGAGGAUUCGCUUCGGUUUAUGCUGCAGACUGGAAAAAUGCGACAAUAUUUGCAAUUAAAAAAUUUCGCAAUAGUUGUUCUAUGGAAGAGAUUAUUAAUGAGGUUUUUUUAACGGAAAAGGUUGAUUUUCAUCCAAAUAUAAUUAAAUUUUGUGGAGUUACGAAAUUUAAAGACGAAAAAAAUUAUUCGCUUGUUCUUGAGUACGCGAACGGUGGAACAUUAGGAGAAUAUUUAAGGAAUAAUGCUAUAACUUUUGAAUGGAAAAAUCAAUUGGAGUUUGCUAAAGAAAUUGCAAGUGCGAUUUCAUGGUUACAUGAUGAUGAUAAGGGAAUCAUACACGGAGAUCUUCAUCCCGGUAAUAUCUUGAUACAUCAACAUACGAUAAAAAUAGCAGAUUUUGGAUGUUCACGUUUAGACGGAUCGGUUAUUUAUAAAAAAGAAAAAGCAUACGGCGUAAUGCUUUACAUGGAUCCCAAAAUUCUUAAGGAUCACUCAGUCGAUUUAACCAAAAAAUCUGAUAUAUAUAGCUUAGCGGUAUUAUUCUGGCAGUUAACGAGUUGUAAACCACCUUUCGAAUCUGAAACAGAAAUUGGUUUAAAGAUCCGCAUCAUUAAUGGUCAAAGAGAAAUUCCUAUCCCAAACACAAAUGGUGAAUAUGUUAAGCUUUAUCAGAAAUGUUGGGAACUUGAACCAGAUGACAGGCCAGAUAUUUCCGAAAUAGUUACUAUACUUAAAAGUAUUAGCCCCGAAAAAAAUAAUUCAAUCGCCAACUUUGAAGAAAGUGAAAUAAUAAAAGAAUUAGAAAACUAUAGUUUGUCAUGUCAAGUUUGAAUAUCGAAUUAGAAAUUAGUACUAGACUCUUAUCUUCACCGUUUUAUAUGUAAUUUUCGUUUUUUUUUUGGUAUUAUGACGUUAACAGAUAUUAGACAAAUAAAAGAAAAUACAUGAACGAAA